AUGUUCACAGGAACAACACCGGAAUCGCUCAUCCCUCGCUCGGAUUCGCGCAAUCCGGCGACAACAUGCAAAGGCAUUACUAAAUCUGGGCGACCGUGUAGACGUCCAAUCGAUGCAAAAGUAUCUGAAGACGAUGGUGUCAUAGCCGUAGUAUCUGUUCUCAGCGAUGAUAGCGACGACGACGAGAUUGGCGCUGCGGCCUACUUUUGCUGGCAACAUAAAGACCAGGCGGAGCAACUGGCCGCACAAGCAACAAGCGGACCGGCAACUCAACUAUACCCGCUGAAAGAGAGGAAUAGUAUCGACACACUUGUUGAACGACUGGGUGUCCUUGAUUUUGGAGAGCCGGAUGAAGCCACUAGACGUCAGAAGAAGAAGAGCACACAAGGAAGGAGAACAUCUGGGUCCCGUCCGCCACGGCGCAUCAACCGGCCAGCUACUUGGGAUAACGUGGAAGGCCCGUUGAUGUCUGUGCCGAGUGAUGUUAUGGCGGAGAGGAAGCGUCGGGACCAUCGUCCGUCGAAACCACCACCACAAAGGAAGAAGCAGAGUUUUUGGGCGUCAUUGUGCUGCGGCUCUGCGGACGACGACUACGCUGAAGUCAAACCUGCUCGACCCGUAAACCGAACAACGAGAGAAGAGUCGGAGACAGCUAAGCUACUCCGAUACAUCCCAAACACAUUACCACCACAACUCGCCUCCACUUUACUCGCACAACUCUCAAAGCCCCUUUCUCCUCACGACGAAGAAGGCUACAUCUACAUCUUUUGGCUCACACCCGAAUCCGCUGGUCCCGCCCCAUCCUCAGCCGCGUCCACACUGCUAGCACCGCCAACACGUUCAGAUCAAGGCCGACGAACGUCAGAUGUCAUGCGACAAUACUCAGUUAAAGGCGGACAACGACCUCGAUCCAAUACCGCUCGUUCCCGAUCCGGAGAGGCAGACUCUUCACCAGAAAAAGACACCAUUCUCCUUAAGAUCGGACGUGCAAACAAUGUACACCGCCGUAUGAACGAAUGGACCCGCCAAUGUGGAUACAGUUUAUCUCUCGUACGAUACUACCCUUACGUCUCUUCUUCCACGCCUUCUCCACAGCCCUCGCCUGCACAAUCUCGACGCCAAUCAAGUACGAAUACCGAUAUCGUAAGGAAAGUGCCGCACGCGCAUCGUGUAGAACGCUUGAUUCAUCUCGAGCUUGCAGACCAGCGUGUCAUCAAGCAGUGCGAUGCUUGUGGUAAGACGCAUAAAGAAUGGUUCGAAGUCGAGGCUACCAAAGAUGGGGUCAAGAAGGUGGACGAGGUUGUGAAACGGUGGGUUGACUGGGACGAGAAGACCAAUACGUAA